AUGGAUAAUGCACGGAGCAAAGCAGAAGAGAUCCUGCGAAAGAAGGUGUGGUCGGUGCGCAAAAAGUGGGAACUGCUGAAAAGCUAUUCCCCGGAGAAAACCGAAGCUGUGCUGGCGAGCUUCGUGCUGCCCAAAGACUUGGCGGCGCGGUGUCAUCUGCCAGAAGGCACCACUUGGUUGGACGCGGUGAAGACCUUUCGUCGCGAUGCCGAUCCCGUGGAUCUGUGGCGCCAGGUGGAAGCACAUCCCAUCGUGGAAUACGUGCACGUCCAAUGCCAAAGUUGCGGCCGACGUGUGCCCGACAACUUCCCGGCCGAGGAGGACCCGAACCUCACCGAAGAAGAGCCCACGGCCGCGGAACGGCCCUUCAUCCGCGCGGGCUGGUUCCGUGGACCCCGCGGGGCCGUGGUCUUCGUCUACCGAUGUCCUGAGUGUCACGCGGUCAGAAUCCACAUCGCUGGGGCCGUCUGUGUGGUGAGCAAGAGGACCUCAAGGUGUGGCUGGCGCAAUACUUGGGCAUCCAGCUGA